AUGAGGAAAGAAAGGGACAUAGAGAGUGUGCAAAGAAUAAAAGGAUUAUCCGUACGGAUUACCAAACUUUUCAUUAUCUAUCUAUCUAUCUAUCUAUCUAUCUAUCUAUCUAUCUAUCAUCUAUCUAUCUAUCUAUAUGUGCCAAGAUUAAAAGAACAUUACAAACUUGAUACAAGUGAAACAAUCUAUCUAUCUAUCUAUCUAUCUAUCUAUCUAUCUAUCUAUCUCACUCUGUUUAUCUAUGAUACAAAUGUAACAAUCUGUUUGUUCAUAUCUAUCUAUCUAUCUAUCUAUCUAUCUAUCUAUCUAUGUAGCUACCUAGCUCAUGUAACAAUCGGUUUGUUCAUAUCUAUCUAUCUAUCUAUCUAUCUAUCUAUCUAUCUAUCUAUCUAUCUCAGCCUGUUUCUAUCUAUCUAUCUAUCUAUGUAUCUAUCUAUCUAUCUAUCUCAGUCUGUUUCUACCUAUCUGUUUAUUCUGUUUAUUAUCUAUCUAAUAAUCUGUUUUUCAUAUCUCAUCUAUUAUCUAUUCUAUCUAUCUAUCUAUCUGUAUCAUCUAUUUAUUAUAGCAAGUAUUUUAUCUAUUUAUAAUCUAUCUAUCAUCUAUCUUCUAUUUUUUUAUGUUUAUGAUACAAUAACAAUCUUUGUUCAUAUCUAUCUAUCUAUCUAUAUAUCUAUUAUCUAUCUAUCUAUCUAUCUAUCUCAAAACCUUUCUGUAUCUAUCUAUCUAUCUAUCUAUCUAUCUAUCUCAUCUAUCAUCUAUUUUCAUAUAUAUCUAUCUAAUUAUUUUUACCUUUUCUAUCUCUCUCUAUUUAUUAUAUGA